CCCCGGCGCUGAGCGAGAGAGAGAAGAAGGGGGGAACGGGAGGAAAGCAGCCUCAGCCGGUGGCAUUGGGGUGGGGGAGGACUGCCCACGCGUGGGGUUGUUGUUGGCCGCGGCUCUCUUCUUCGCCAACGGCGCCUGGAUCGCCUUUUGGAGGACAGCUCAGCCAUGGCCAGCUUUCCCUAUUUGGACGAAGCUCAGCUGAGGAAACGCAAGGCUCAAUAUUUGGCCCAGAACUCCGUCGCAGCUGCCUCUCAAAUCCAGGAACUGCUGGAUUUUUUGAACUCCUUCAAGGUCCAGGUUGGGAUCCUAGGAGAGCGUCGCGCGGGGGUGACCAUGCUGGUUGAGGCUCUCCUGAGCAAGCCCUGCCCAGUGACCAAUCUUUAUGCUUACUUCCGGGAAGCUCAACAGCCCACGCUCUCUGCAGAGGCCCACGUUCAUCCCACCUUCCCUCACCUCAUCUUGCACGAUCUACCCGGCUUUGAAGCCAGCGAGACACCGGCUGCCUAUCUCAAGAAGCUGGGUGACCUACAGCAGUUCAGCUGCUUUGUGAUGGUGGUAGGAACCAGGGGCUUCCGAGACCUUCACCUACAAGUCCUUAAGGCCAUCAAGCAAAAGAAGAAAGCUUUCUUCGUGGUUCGCACCAAGAUCGACCUGGAUUUGCACACCGCUCGAAGGCGCCUUCAAUACAGAUACAAUCCGGCAGAGCAGAUGAACCAGAUCCGGAAGGAAUUGUCCGAGACGUUGAUCAAGGAAGGGUUGGAGGCCAAGAAGAUCUUCCUGGUGUCUGGGCUGCAGACGGAAAGAUACGAUUUUGCUUUUUUCGAAGAUACUUUGGAAGGAGAAGUGCUCAAUUUGAAACGGCACCAUGACGGAAAUCUGAAAGACUUCCAUGCAGUGAGUCAAAAGAUGAUCAAGGAGCUGUUUGAAAUUUGCAAGUUCAGCAGCUUGGUUGAAGUCCCAGAGGUAAUCCAGGCUACGCUGGCCAACCCCACUCAAAUCCAUCUGAAUGUAGCUGUGAUUGGGGAAACAGGCUCAGGAAACUCCUCCCUGAUCAAUGCGCUGAGAAGAGUAGGCUCUGAAGAGACAGGGGCGGCCCCCACCGGAGUAGCCGAAACCACCAGGACAGCCACAGCCUACCCAUUCCCGUCCGUCCCUAACAUGUUCCUUUGGGAUUUGCCAGGAGUGGGAUUGAUGGAGGGUGACGUGAAGCGCCUGGAUCUCAGCCGCUACAGUGCCUUCCUGCUGGUGGCCUCGGAGCGCUACAAGCACAUCCACAGCUGUCUGGCCAAAAUUAUUGCUUCGGAAGGGAAACAGUCUUUCUUUGUGAGGAACAAGAUAGACGUAGAUGUGGAGGCCCAAGCUGAAAAACAACCCAAGUUGAAGGAGAAACUUCAGGAACAGAUCCGGAAGAACUGUGUAGAAGCUCUGAAGAACGACGGCAUCGACUGUCCAGUCUUCUUGGUCUCUUCCUUCAUGGCGGAAGCCUACGACCUCCCUCUCCUUCGGGAAGAACUCCAGAAACGGGCUUCUGAGUUGAAGAGGAAGGAACUGAGGAGAGCCAUCCCGACCGUCUUCUCCCAGCUGGUGAGGCUCAAGAGCAAAGUGUUGAUGAAGGACGUGUGGGGGAAGACCUUGCAAGUUGGCCUCUCCUCUGUGGACAAUCUCAACGAGACUGUGGUCGAGAAGCUCCUGACCAUCAUCGCCAGCUUCUGCAUCCACCUGGGUCUGAAUGAAGCGUCUGUGGCGAACACGGCCCGGUGUACUGGCAAAGCCACCCACCGGCUUCAGGAACAGAUCCAAAGUCGUUUUGCCCAGCCAAUGCAACCCACCGAGGUGCUCACCCUCAUAGUUAAGCCUCCCUCGUGGGGCAACUGGGCGUGGACCUACGUGCCGUACUGGGGCGGAGAAGGCAAAGUGGAGGCCACCAUCUCGGUGGAGAACAUUUACAACCUGCUGAAACAAGCUGUCAUGGAACUGUCCGGGGAUGCAGAGAGGUUGCUGGUGGCGGCCUUCUUGGAGGACUAGAGCUGGUUGGAUAGAUUGAUUUAGGGGGAGAGAGAGAGAGAGGAAGGACCAACAACCUCUUUGCCCCACUUUAAAAACGGCGGGGAGGAAAAGUCACGGAAGCGUCCCUGCAAUAGGACACGAUGAGGCGAGAGCAAAGGCUGGUUGGCAUAGCGUCCUGUGGCGGUGGUGGCGACGAUGGUGUUUUUGGGAAGGACCCAAGCAAGAUUGGGCUGUAGAAACUUAAGAAAUGGAACAUCAGCGCUAAGCCUGUACCCCUUUGCACUGCUCAUUUCACGCUUUGUAGUGGCUCUCAACCUUGACAACUUUUAAGAUGUGUGGACUUCAACUCCCAGAAUUCCCCACAUCUUAAAAGUUGGUACGGUUGAGAAAAUACUCUGAGUCGUUCUUUACAUGAAGGAGUUCCUUAUUAUUACAGAGAAAUCAAAGGCUUGCUUACUUGCUAGGAUCCUGGCUUACAAUACUGGUCUUAUAUAGUGGGAAGUUAGUUUAUUUUGGGGGGGGGGGUAGCAAAUGCAUCUCAUGCUAAGACAGGCUUCACACACAGCUUGGCCUGUUCAGGAAAGCGCACGCUGUGCCUAAAAACUCUUUUGAAUUCCCCAGACGUACACAUGCUUAAAAAGAGUUAUUUUCUAUCCAGGAGAAUUCAAAUUCUGUCGAUUGAAAGAGUAGUUUAAAUAUGUCUGUCCUGGAAGUAGAUCAUGUUACACAGUUAUUAAAAACACUGGUCAGGGGUAGAUUGCCUUGCACAAGACAAACUGCAACGAAAAGUUCUAUACAUUGUACAUUUAGCCAUGCCACAAGUUAAUUGAAAAGAGUUGCGUUUGUAGUUUGCUGCAUGACCAAUUAAAAUAGUUGUUCUUUGUUGUACAAUCGUGUUUUGAUCAUUUUUGUUUAUAGUAUGUAACUCACUGGGUUUCUAAAAUCUUCACCCUCAGUCAGGCCUUGCCUAAAUUUUUUUUAAAUUGUUUAUCUUAAUUUGAUUUGCCAGGCAGUGCAGGAUCAUAAAUCCAAAUUCCUUACAAAAUAUUUGUCCGGCCUGCCUGAAGCAAAUUGUCUUCAGAGUGAUGCAAGAGCGUUGUGGUUUCUGUGACUACCAGGUGCUGAGAGAAAAUCUCAUUUGGAUGACAAAAUUGUCUAUUUGGUAAUUGACAACUACCGUAUUUUUCGGAGUAUAAAAUGCACUUUUUUCCCUCCUAAAAGAGGCUGAAAAUUUGGGUGUCUUAUACUCCAAAUGUAAUCCCGCUUGGUGUCCAAAAUGGCUACCCGGAACAGCUGCUGCCUUCUCUUACCCCUUCCGCGCUUUGCCUGCUUUAGACACUGGAGCUCCCUCCGAGGAUCAGCUGUGCUUUUCAGCCCCAACGCAAGUGAAGCGAUCUUCCGUGCUUUGCCUGCUUUUCCAAUUGCUGCUCCCUCCGACAAUCAGCUGUACUUUAGAAGCACAGCCCCAACCAGCCCCAACCUCAAAACCAGCGAGCAAACUAAUGUGCUGGGAUUAGCCAGAUGAAUACCUGGUAGGCAGAUUUCCCCGCCCC